AUGGACAACCAAGAGAGAUUUCUCAAGGAACAAAUGGACAAGAUGACUAAAGAGAAAGAGAGGAAUUUUGAGAAGCAGCUGCAGGAGGAGCGUGCAAAGGCAAAAGAUUCAGAUCAGAGGUUCAGGAACGAAGAGAUCGAAAGGUUCAUCAAUAGCCAAGUUAAAGAGGUGGAGAAAUUUGAGGCAGACAGAGAGAAGCUGAAGCAUGCACAUGAGCAGAAGAAGUUGGAACUGAAGAAGAGACGUCAAGCAGAGAAAGUCGAGCUGGCGAAGGAGUUGGAUGCUGCGCUGACAAAGUUGAUGGAGAAAUACACUCCUGCUGGUUUCCAUGCCUCCUCCACCAGUAGCUCUUAG